GCGCCGGAAGUGACGUCACCGAAGCCCCCCCUGCAAGUACAAUGCUGAGCUUGUGGGGAGCCGGCCUCGUGCGCGGCUUGGGGGCCAUGCCCCCGGCCUGGCAGUGGGGCUCACACGGCCGACCUCUGGCCCUGGCGCGUGCGGCAGGGGCGCUCGGAGCGGUGGGCUGGCGGGCCCGGGCCCCGAGGGAGCCGCGCGGGCGCGCGUUCGGUCUGUCUGCAGCGAAAGUGGUGAGCGCGGCGCCCCGCCCCCUGCAGCCCUACCUGCGCCUCAUGCGCCUGGACAAGCCCAUAGGAACCUGGCUGUUGUAUUUGCCAUGUACCUGGAGCAUUGGUUUGGCAGCUGAGCCUGGGUGUUUUCCAGACUGGUACAUGUUGUCUCUCUUUGCCACUGGAGCUGUUCUGAUGCGCGGAGCAGGCUGUACUAUUAAUGACAUGUGGGACCGUGACUUCGAUAAAAAGGUCACAAGAACGGCAAAUCGCCCAAUAGCCGCUGGAGACAUUUCAACUUUUCAGUCCUUGGUUUUUCUUGGGGGACAGCUGACCUUGGCGCUAUGUGUUCUUCUGUGUCUGAAUUACUACAGCAUAGCUCUGGGAGCAGCGUCGCUGGUUCUGGUCAUCACCUACCCCCUGAUGAAGAGAGUCACGUACUGGCCUCAGCUAGCCUUGGGGCUGACGUUCAACUGGGGCGCGCUGCUUGGCUGGUCUGCCGUGAGGGGCUCCUGUGACCUGUCCGUGUGCCUGCCUCUCUACUUUGCUGGGGUCAUGUGGACACUGGUCUACGAUACUAUUUAUGCCCAUCAGGACAAAAGAGAUGAUGCUCUGAUCGGCCUCAGGUCCACGGCGCUGCUGUUCAGAGAGGACACCAAGUACUGGCUGGGCGGCUUCAGCGUGGCCAUGCUGGGGGCUCUGAGCCUGGUGGGUGCCAGCUGCGCCCAGACCCCGCCCUACUACGCUGCGCUGCUCGCCGUCGCUGCCCACUUGGCCCACCAGAUCCGCACCCUGGACAUCCACAGCCCUGCAGACUGCUGGGACAAAUUCAGCUCCAACCGGACAGUGGGCAUAAUCCUCUUCCUGGGGAUCAUCCUCGGGAAUUUGUGGAAAGAGAAGACAGACAAAGCAAAGGAAAAUGAAGAUGGCAGAAUAAAAAUUAACAACUAAUGUUUAUCUAGGAAUUCUGAAAACACUCCCAGGUGUUAUAACCACAUGAUUAGUUUUAAAAAAGCAGUGUGCUACAAUGUGUUACAGAAGUAAGGGCCGGAAGAUGAAGGGUUAAAGUCUGUUUGCCUGGAUUUUAAUCUAGCUGUUUGCUGAUAAAAUUCUUCCCAUUGUGAAGCCUGGGACUUAGCAGGAAUGAAGUCACAGGAAGCAGACGUAUUUUAGCACUUUAGAAAAUCCCCUCACAAAACCCAUAAUGUGUUAGUAGGGGUGUUGAUCAAAAUAUAUUACAUGCAUUGGAACUCAAGGUUUUGUAAAAUUAAUGGACACUACUGAUAAAAGGGAAAAAUAUUUUACAGAAAA